CAAACAACAGUUGAGUUGAGCAAAGUGGUCUCUCUCUCUCGGGUCUCGAUUUCACAAUUCGCUUCCACUAGACUAAAAAAGUAGUAGUACACUAUCUUAUUGAUCUGAGGGUUCUGAAAGAUGUCAUGUUUGGGUAGGAUUUUGUCAGUUACCUACCCACGUGAUCCGUACAAUCAUCGGUGUUCCGAGCAUAAACUAUCAUCACUAGGGCGUAAUCGGAGAUUCAGAUGGCGGCGACUCACUGCGUUAAACCCUGAAUCUUCCUCCCUCGACUCUGAAUCUGAAUCUGAAUCUGAAUCUGAAUCCAGAUUCGCUGCCGGGUUUUGUAUAAUAGAAGGGCCUGAAACAGUACAGGACUUUGCCAAAAUGCAAUUACAAGAGAUUCAAGAUAACAUUAGAAGCCGUCGAAACAAGAUCUUCUUGCAUAUGGAAGAGGUACGGAGGCUAAGAAUACAACAACGGAUUAGAAACACAGAACUUGGUAUCAUAAACGAGGAACAAGAACAUGAAUUACCUAAUUUCCCAUCUUUUAUCCCAUUCUUACCUCCAUUGACUGCUGCCAAUUUGAAAGUCUACUACGCAACUUGUUUUUCACUCAUCGCCGGGAUUAUCUUAUUCGGUGGCCUUCUAGCUCCUACUCUAGAGCUGAAGCUAGGUAUUGGAGGUACUUCAUAUGCAGAUUUUAUUCAAAGUCUUCAUCUACCUAUGCAAUUGAGGUUUUCAUACUUGUUUCUUUCAACUGUGUUUUUUUUUUUUUUUUGGGGGAGUAUAAUAUCUCUUUUAAAGAUGCUUAAUUUUGUGUGUUGA